GUUGAAAGUCGAAGAUGUUGCCGGCUUUUUAUCAUCUUAUUGUUUUCUUAUUUUUAGCGUAUUCUCUUACUUACAACCUUUUAAAGGUUCAGGAUGACCCAGGAUCCAACGUUUUAACCUACCGGGGAUAUGGAGGGAAAUUCAAAUUCCUUACUUUUUGGCUUUUCUUACUUCAGACAUUCUACUUUGGAUUUUCUGUAGUAAAUGAUAUUUUUGGAUCCAACAUCCGGCCUUCACAGUCAAAGCGCUUCCCUCGCUCUAGAUUACAAAGAUGGCGGGACACCCUUCUGUCCAGUAUUGUUUUUCCAGUAGGAUUGUUUGUAGUGUGUACAUUUUGGGGGAUAUACCUUGUAGACAGAGAGUUGGUUUAUCCUCAAAAGCUAGACAAAUUUAUUCCAUCCUGGCUAAACCAUGUAAUGCACACCACUAUAUUGCCUCUCCUGCUAGGGGAGAUGUGUUUGGUCUACCACCAUUUUCCCUCACGCUCCAGAGGGCUGAAGAUCCUCAUGAGCUUUGCUCUAUCAUACCUCAUUUGGAUACUUUGGGUGGCCUACUAUGCAGAUAUAUGGGUGUAUCCGAUUCUAAAAAUAAUGGCACCACAUGAGAGGGUCAUCUUCAUCGCAAUCCUGAUGGCUCUGUUUGUCAGUAUCUACUUGGUGGGGGAAGGCCUAAACAAAUUCCUGUGGGGUAAGGAGAGGAGAAGCUACCAGUUAAUGUUGCAGAAAUCACGGAGUUGAUACAUCAGCACACAGACUUAAGGUCUAUUGUGAUAGGUCCCUGUAACCAUAGUGAUAAAAGUGAUACAGAGGAAGCUGUAUAGGGGCCAACAAUUCGUACACUUACAUUUGAAAUUUGUGAUUAUUUGUGAUUAUUUGAUUAGUGAUUAUUUGAUUUGUGAUUGUGUUGUUUGAUAUAUUGCAAAUUUGCAUAAAUUACGUAUGGUACAUCUAAGCCAGUGUCGCUUUAAGAUAAGAUGUUAUUACAUAGGAGAGAAACAUUUUUAUAACUUAUCUUUCUAAACUUUAAAUUAAACAGUUUGUAUGCUGGUUCCUUCUCAUUGUUUAAGUUCAAUUGAAUACUAAUAACACUUAAAUAAGUAUUUAAAUGACUUAAAAAAUACUUAAUAGUUAUGUAAAAUUAUAUUUUAACAAUUCUUUAUUUAGUUAACCUUACUUUCCAGUGGAAAUACAAUGUAGUAAAUGUGGCUAUCUGGAAAAGAGCUUAGAGUUUAUGUAAAUCAGUUUCUGUGAUAUUUGAAAUGUGUGUAAAUCUGGAUCUUGAUUUUUAACUUGUGAUUAUGAAAAUUCACAUUUGAUAUUCUUAAGUGUUUUUUAGUUUUUAAAAUUUGACCUUGAUUACUCAAGACCCCAAAUUCAUAUUUUAAGACUAUACUAGUCCAUAGAUAAUGUACUCAAGUUCCUAACAUCUAGUCAAAUUUAACAGCCUUAUAUGAUUUAAUAUUCUCAUUCUCCUUUUGUAAUACCAUGGAAUGUGUUCGUUUUGCAUGUUUUACAGGCUAAUCAAUUGUGUUUAUAUUCAACAGCAUUAAUUAAAACAACACUUUUAUAUAUAAUGGCAAUGUAUAGAUUAUAUAAGAUGAUUUGGUGCAUUGUUCGUUUUAGGUAAGUUGUAAUUUGUCAGUACAAACCCAACUACUGACGUUCUUUACCCGUAUUAUAAACAACUUUAUAAUUACCAUAUUUAUCCUUCAAUAAGCCCAGAGGGCCAACAUAUUAUUGCUUACUGAAAGUAGGAGGAUGGGCUAAUUACAUUAUUGGCAUUUUUCUUCUACAGUAAUUUAUAUUGUUGGGCCUCAAUACCAAGCAUGGGCUUAUUGCCGGGUAAAUAUUUUCACUCAUUAUUAAUACAGGUAGCAUUAAUUUUGAAAAGAAUUUCAAAAUUACUACUGCUUGAAAACCUGUAAAAAGAAGAGAUUUUUUUAUUGGCAUGACGAUAGCAUUAACAGAUCAUUUCUAAAAAGAAACCCAUACUUUGCGGAACUUUUACUAAGAAAUAAUAAUGACGAAAUAAAAAAAAACUAACGUCAACUAUGUUCUGUGAGAGAAAAAAACUACAUAUCCCCAGACCAGGAUUCGAACCCUUGACCUCUGAUCAUUAUAAAGUCACUCUAGCCUACUGCAAAAAAGGAGAUCGUCGAUAGUUACCCUGCCCUGUCAAAGUCCAACUACAGUUACAACGUAUAUAUACAAUAGGAGAGGUCACUGUUUGUAUGAAAAACUGCGUUUUAAAUGAAUGUUAGUGAAGUGUUUAAAACACACAUGUUACAUGUCGGUUAACGUUGUAAAUAUAUAUAUAUAUAUACAUUUCAAUGCUAAUGCGCAAUUUAGUGAUAUUUUCUCGCUAAAUUGUAUGGAACAUAUAUAUAGAACCAAUAAUGUUAAAAAGAGUCAAACUUUAUAACCUUAUGAAGUGUAUCGGAGUGGGUUAGUCUGUGGGGUGCUGAGUGGGUUAGCCUGUGGGGUGCUGAGUGGGUUAGCCUGUGGGGUACUGAGAGACCUUAACAACAAGUACACUCUACAAUUAAGACUAUUUUUAAUAGUAUUGACAAAGUGGAGCAUAUCUGAGGCUUGGGUACUUGAUUCUUUGGUUUGCUAGGACUCUAUGGCAGUGCCUCAGGUACUUGUGGAGUCUGUUAACUUGUAAGUGUGUCCAAUUCAAUGUCUACAAUUUUUCAGUAAGGUUUAUGAUGUCGUAAUAAUUGUACAAAAAAUAUACAAAUGAUAUAUUAAACACUUAUGUAAUGGCGAUUGUCUUAUGUCUAUACUAUACAAUUUAUUACAAUAUUACAUGUAUGCGAUAUUCAAUCAUUACAUGAUGACAAAUGAUGUACUCCUGUUGUAUGAGCUAGAUGCUGAGCGUGAGUGUAUUGUGUAUGUUGUAUACAUUCCUGUAUAAUGUUUUGUGAUGUCUUUGAAAUGUGAAGAAAAUCAAUAAACACUCUGAAAUUUAAAUAAGAAAGAAAUAAAAGUUAAGAAUUCACAAGCCCCAUGUAUUGAAUUUGAAUUUGGAUAUAUACUGUAUCGUAAUAUGAUUAUUAUAAUCUAUGCAAGUGUCCAGCUGACCACUUUAUUCAUAUUUUAAAGGACUCUUGAGCAGACAAACCUGUAGUGGCAUAUUUAGAGAACUCAUAGAGUUUCUUGUUACAUUCUGUAUAUAUAUAUAUAUACACGUAUUCAGACUUUUAGGUCUAUAAACGUUCUCAAACAUUUCUUCAGUAUUUUCUCUUUUUGCUUCAAUUAACACUGUCAUUUGAUAUAUGUCAAUCAUCUAGAUUGGGAAAAAAGACUUUGAAACUUGCUCAAAAUCCAACAUUCAUCAAUGAGGCUGAAAAAAUAUUACUAUACGUUAAGUUAUUAUCAAUAUCAUUUCUGCAUAUCUGGUGAAAAAUAAGCGAUGCAAUCUAAUUUGAUGGACUCUCGCUUAUUAAUCAUCAGAACACCUCCUACCCCGAAAAUCCAUAUAUCUCUCAUAACAACAUUCCAAACAUAUGCUUAAUUUUUUAAACAAACAAACCCUAGCAUACUCAUUGUCUUGCCAAAAUACCACUCCAUACUUCAACCUCAGUCACAGGUACCAGGUGCUAAUUUAUGGAAGGUUAUAUUUUAGAGAUAAUUGUCACGGUCCUAUGCUGUAGUUUUACUGAGUUAUCUACCGCGUCUGUCAUUCGAGGUCCACAUCUGUGUUUAUAAAAUAUAUUGGUGUCUUAUAAUUGCCAUGUGAAAGUGGCCAAUAA